AUGCGCCAAUCGUCCGUCGACGCCAGCGCCGACGAGGCCCUGGCCCGUAUGGGCUACAAGAGCGAACUCCCCCGCAAUCUCAGUAUGCUGAGUAUCCUCGGACUUUCGUUUGCAAUAAUGGCCGCCCCGUUCGGCCUCAGCACAACGCUUUACAUCACACUCACAGAUGGCCAGUCCGUCUCCAUAAUCUGGGGUUGGGUCUUCGUAACCCUCAUCUCCAUAGCUAUCGCAUCAUCCCUCGCCGAAAUCUGCGCUGUUUAUCCAACCGCAGGUGGCGUCUACUACUGGAGUGCAAUGCUACCGACGAAGGAGUGGGCGCCGAUGAUGAGUUUCAUAGACGGGUGGUUGACGCUUGUGGGGAACUGGACUGUGACACUAAGUAUCACGUUCAGUGGGGGCCAGUUGAUACUCAGUGCGAUUUCGCUUUGGAAUGAGGAUUUCGUGGCCACCGCUUGGCAGACCAUUAUCAUGUUCUGGGCCGUCAUUGGGGUUUGUGCGCUUGUCAAUAUCUUUGCAUCGAGGUGGCUGGACCUCAUUAACAAGGUUUGUAUCUUUUGGACAGGUGGGAGUGUGAUUGUUAUUCUUGUUGUGUUGUUGAGCAUGGCCGAUGAUAGGAGAAAUGGGAAGUUUGUGUUUGGGCAUUUCGAUGCGAGUGAGAGUGGUUGGCCGUCCGGGUGGGCGUUCUUCGUUGGAUUGCAGCAGGCUGCUUAUACACUCACUGGGUAUGGAAUGGUGGCAGCCAUGUGUGAAGAAGUACAGAACCCGCAUCGUGAGGUCCCGAAGGCGAUUGUCCUGUCUGUCAUCGCGGCGGGUGUUACCGGUCUGAUAUAUCUGAUUCCAAUCCUGUUCGUGCUGCCGGAUAUCAAAACGCUGCUCGAUGUCGCGAGUGGACAGCCGAUUGGGUUGGUAUUCAAGACCGCCACCGGGUCGGCGGGAGGUGGAUUUGGCCUGCUCUUCCUUAUCCUAGGUAUCCUGAUGUUUGCGGGUAUCGGCUCCUUGACAGCUGCCAGCCGAUGCACAUAUGCUUUUGCGCGGGACGGCGCCAUCCCGGGCUUUCGGCUCUGGAGAAGAGUCAACAAAAGAUUGGAUGUCCCCGUGUGGGCAAUCAUCCUCUCUACGACAGUGAUCUGCCUCCUUGGCCUGAUUUACUUCGGCUCAAGCGCGGCCUUCAAUGCAUUCACAGGCGUGGCAACGAUCUGUCUAUCUGCCUCAUACGCUCUGCCGGUUUUCAUCUCCGUGCUUCGCGGUCGUCAAGCUGUCAAACAUUCUUCCUUUUCGCUCGGCCGGUUUGGAUACGCCAUCAACAUUGUAACCAUCUUGUGGAUUUGUCUAGCCGUCGUGAUUUGUUGUAUGCCUGUUUCGCUGCCUGUUGAUGCGAGCUCGAUGAACUAUGCUAGCGUUGUGUUUGCAGGUUUCGCGGCUAUUAGUGUAACCUGGUACUUCGCUUAUGCGCGAAAGCACUUCACGGGCCCACCGAUUCCGACGGAGCAGUUCCAGGAUACACCUGGAGUUGUGCCGGAGAAGCCUGUUGUUGACCCAGAGCCGGCGGGUUCGGGUUCGAGAUUGGGAACCGUUGAGAAGGAAUAG